ACGCUGGACUGAUAAGCAUUCUUUAUUCCUCUUCUUCCCUUCGUUUCCCUUCUUUCUCUCUUCCUCAAUCGUUUCGUCCUCCGAGUAUCCCACCGUCCUGUCCUGUUCCCUACUCCGCUAUUCUGUGCAAUUCCAGGUUAAUGGGAUGCUUCAAUUUAUGACGCGGUGUAAUUAACUCGCGCAAGAUGUCAUUAAGUACUAGUGCUACUGUUUGUCCGGCUACAGCAUUAUCUGUUGUGAGAUUGGAAGAUCAAUGUCUGAAGGAAAUCAAACAUGUAGGAUCUGGCCCAGUUGGGUUGAAGCCACUGUGCUUGCAGCUUCAUCCCUUCAAAAGAAGAAGAAAUACAAUGCAAGCUUUUCGAGUACAGCUUGCUUCUAUAACAUGUUCUGCUGCUCUGAAUGCAACUUGCGCUGCAGAGCAAACACAAACAGUUACACGACAAUCAUCAACCAUUACUGUUGCACCUAUUCAAGGAAAGGAAAAAUCUCCAGAACUCGAUGAUGGUGGAACAGGAUUUCCGCCUCGUGAUGAUGGUGAUGGUGGGGGUGGCGGCGGUGGCGGCGGCGGCCAUUGGUCAGGGGGGUUCUUCUUUUUCGGUUUUCUUGCUUUCCUUGGAUUCUUAAAGGAUCAAGAGAGUGAAGGACCUUACCGGGAGGAAAGGAGGAGAUGAGAGACUAAUAUAAAUCUAUUAUUGUCUGUACCUCAUUUGCUGAAUUAUUUGUCUACUUUUAUGAAUGUAAGCCUAGUGGAUAUGGAUGAGUUGAUUGGAUACUACAUUUAAAUCUGUAUCAACUUACACAUCUUAGUUCCAGACUCCUUCGAGAGCAAAGAUUUUGAGAGUUUAGUUAGAAUAUGGUAACAAUAUUUUCGUGCUAA